AUGCUUAGAGCUAGCAUGAGGAUUAUGGCAGAAUUGGAGCGUUGCCAAGAUAACCAGAUGGUCUGGUUUUUGGUUCCGACGAAAGUAUUAUGUAUUCAACAACUGACAUACAUUUCGCGUCACAUACCCGCAGUCAGCAUGAGAAUGCUGACAGGGGACGAUGGAGUGGAAUGUUGGAGCAAUCAAGAGAUUUGGGAUGCCGCUCUUCGGGGAUUGAAGGUGGUAUUUGCUACUCAUGCUGUCCUCGCCGAUGCGCUCACACACGGCUUUGUUAAAUUACAAGACUUGGCUUUGCUGGUCUUUGAUGAGGCUCAUCAUUGCGUGAAAUCGCAUCCAGGGAACCGUAUCAUGCGUGAUUUUUAUCACAGAGUUAAAGCCGAGAACAGCAGUGCAGCUGUUCCAAGCAUUCUUGGCUUGACAGCUUCCGUUGAUCCAAAGAAAGUCCGGGAACUUGAAAAGAAUUUGGAUGCAACUUGUCGGGCGCCCCUGGUUCAGCGCCAGGAGUUAGCGGAACAUGUUUCUGACCAGAAUCUAACCAGGAUUGUCUAUUCCCGAGACCGCAACGACGCAGCAGACUUACCUUUCCAUUUACAAAGAUUAGAAAAGAUUGUCAUGGAACUGCGUGAAGACAGCAAAACCAUGGGCCAUCCCUCCCGGACGAGUAUCUCUGACGGUACUGGCGGCAAUAUGCAAGCGCCCGGUAAUAUGUCCAAUAAAGUUGAGCGACUCUUAUUGUUUCUGAAGGCAAAAGCCUGUGCAAACCUCUCGGGAAUUAUUUUUGUUCGAGAGCGAGCGACUGCUUACGUUCUAUCAGCGUUGCUUAAUGAGCACCCACUGACCCACGGUCUGUUUCGAUGCGCGCCUUGUGUGAGCAGCUCUACUCACUCUGAACACUGGGCGAUAGAUAACUCUUUGAUCUUAAAGAAGAGCGAGGAAGUGGUCACUGACUUCCGCUGCGGCACAAAAAAUUUGAUCGUCGCCACCAAUGUGCUCGAAGAAGGCAUUGAUAUUCCAGCAUGUCAUCUAGUCAUUUCAUUCGAACUUCCAGACAACAUGACAUCCUACAUCCAACGCCGGGGCCGAGCACGACAGAGUAUCUCUGAAUUCGUCAUCAUGGAAGAAGAUAAUUGUGAAUCCCUAGCUUCACGUCAAUGGAAUGUGCUUGAAAAGAAAAUGCAGGAGCUAUGUUUGGACCAUCAUCGACGUCAUCAAAUAGUGAAGAUAGACGAUGGAGAAUCUGAAAACAUAGUUCUCCGGUUAUCUCUGGACACAGGGGCGCUGCUGACAGCAGAGAAUGCCAUAUCCCAUUUAUACCAUUUCUGCACAACUCUGCAAAGUGAGACACCAGGCCGAACCUCUCCUUCUUUCUCAUGUGAGAGUAACGAAAAAAAUCACUUUCGAUCUACAGUCUAUCUGCCGAGUGGUGUUGAUAGUUCGUUACGAGUAGCGAAAGGGCGCCAUUGGUGGGCCACAAAGCAGUCAGCACGACAGGAUGCGGCUUUUCAAGCCGUUCACGCUUUACACCGCCAAAGUCUCAUCAAUGACCAUUUCCUUCCUUUGUUCCAGGAUAAUUCAUGGGCUGAGAUGAGUCAACAAAAAGCUGUGGCUGCCGAACUGCCCUUAGUGGAGAACUUUAUCAGCUUCUGGAAAGACGUUCCAGGCCAUUGGACCGAACGAACAAUAUACAGAUGUCGCAUCGAGGUUUCUAAAAAUGGGGAAGUACAAUCAGAUCUUGCGAUGGCUCUUUUUACACCAGUAAAGCUACCAAUUGAUGCGAAUGUGGACUUAUACUGGGAUAACCAAACAACCUUUAGGGUAACAUUGCAGCCCUUCAACCUUGAAACAGCGCUCUCACCUUUUUUAAGGUCCAUCAUACGGGAGAUAACGACCUUAUUAUUCCAUUCGACUCGCGGAAAAUCCCCACAAGAAGAUUAUUCGGAGUUUCUUCCAUUCUUUACUCCGGACCUCCCCUUAGAAGAGCUAGAAGACUGGCUUGAUAUCAAUCGAGGAUCCCUUGCUAUUUGGAGUGAGCAAACUCGUGUGCCUCUUCUUUCCCCUGGGGGUUUCAUCCGAAGCCCUAAGCUUCAUUUCACUCCCCACAUCUUUGUGAGGUGGAUUCGAAACCCAGAUGCAAGUGGAUUUACAAUCGAAUGUCGACCGUUUGAAAAAAGGCGGAACCUCAUACAGCAAGCAACGUUGGCCGAUCAAAUCUCCACACAAACUUUCACCAAAACAGCCUGUAUAGCUGCCACUGAGUGCACCAUUGAUUUCCUGCCUUGGGAACUGGGUCGGACCAGCCUCCUGAUUCCGCCAAUCAUACAAUUACUGCAUCAGCAUCUGAUGGCGCAGUCUAUGCGCGUUGAAAUUUUUGGAGAUGUGCCUGAAAUCGGAUUGAGUUCUCUAGCGGAGGCAAUCACAUCUCCUUCUUCUCAAUGGCCAGUAAAUUACCAGCGACUAGAAUUUUUGGGUGACUCUCUGAUCAAGUUCUUGGUCUCUACGCAUGUCUUUUAUACUUAUCCUCGAUGGCAUGAAGGCUACCUAUCAAAGAUGAAGGAUUUGCUAGUCUCAAACGAGAGACUGACGCAAGCGGCCGUGAGUGCUCACUUGGAACAAUUUAUCUGCGCUGAUUUCAUCACGCGAAAACAUCCAAUCUUUUGGCAGAAUAAAGGAGACGCUGCGGACAAAGGGAUUCCGAGAAAAGUAUAUGCUGAUGUGGUAGAAGCUCUCGUAGCCGCUGCCUAUGAACACGGUGGAAAUUCGCUCUCCCGAAAGCUUGUCGGGAUUUUUCUACCGGAGAUUUCCGACUUCACGCCAAUACCCCAAGAACAACCAAAGAAAAAUUGCCAAUUCCCGGUCCAUUUGGAAAUCAAACUUGACAAACUUCUUGGCUUCAAGUUUAAGAACCGGGCUCUGAUCUGGGAGGCGCUCACACACCCAUCAUGGCAAAGAGACCAAACAACUGGGUCUUACCAACGACUUGAAUUCCUGGGAGAUGCGGUUUUGGACUUUCUCGUUGCAAGAAGACUGCACGCUCAGGUUCCAAAGCUUGCGGAAGGUCGAAUGACGGAAAUUCGAGCCGCUUUGGUAAAUGCCGACUUCUUGGCAUUCCUCUGCAUGGAUUUCGCUCCCACCGAGACAUGUUACUACGGGCAGGAGAUAACAGCAAGCAAUUUUGGGGCGACCGUUCAACCAAGAAAUACCGCAUUAUGGAUGUUCAUGCGACAUGACGCUUCAGAUGUUGUUAAGAUGCAGACAUCGUGCAGCAACAUAUAUCGCAUGCUUGGAGAUGCAGUCAAGAAACCCCUAAAAAGUGGGCGCUCAUAUCCUUGGGCCACGCUUGCCCAGCUAAGAGCAUCUAAGUUCUACUCAGACCUUAUUGAGAGCACUAUUGGGGCAAUUUUCGUUGAAAGUGGUGGCGACCUGGAUGCAUGUGAACGCUUCUUGGAACGUAUCGAGUUGAUGGCUUAUCUUGAGCGUUUCGCGGCGCAUGAUGUAGAGUUAGAACACCCAAAGAGUGCUAUGGAUCGUAUUAUGGGUACACGCAAGGCCGACUUUCGGGUGAAAGAAACCGAGAAUAGUUUGCACGAUAUCUCUGUUUGGAUGGAAGGUGAAGAAGUAGCGUCUAUCAAUCACUGUUCAUCAAGAGCUGAAGCGUUUGUGCGAGCCGCCGAAGCGACGCUCUCGUUUUUGUCACGAACUUCAAAUUAA